AUGCACUUCUCCAAGACCCUCGCCUCCGUGGCCACCUUCGCCAUGACUGCUUACGCCGGCAUGCCCGUCGCCAGCAUUGACUUCCAAUCCUGGGAGAAGUGCGACGUGGGCGCCCCAGCCCUGGGCGAGCCCAAGUUCGUUGCUCGCGUCACAGCCACCCCAUUGACCUGUGACAAGACCACCGUCAACCGCGACUGGUCCAUCGACAACUACUCUUUCAAAGCCCGCCUGGAUACCAAGGACACCGCCUACUGCCAUGGUGUGAUUAUCUGGAACAACGACGGCUGCUCCGGCGAGCCCACUACUUUCCUUCCCUUCGACGACAGCCCCUUCGCUGCGGGCAAGUGCCUCCCUGACAUUCUGGACCCCGGCUGGGUUUCCUUCAAGCUGGCUUGUGACUUGCCUGGCAAUGCUGCUGUCGCGGCUGCGGGUGAGUUCUAG